AUGGCCACACCCUCCAGCAAAAACUGUGCUUUAAAGCAAGCCUUCCAAGUCGCCCGGCAGAUUCUCCUCCAGCAGCAGCAGUCCCAGGUGCAGCUGCAGACUCGACUCAACACUGGGUGCAAAUCUCCCAAACUCAGUGACAAGCAGCAGAACCAGCUACAGGUUCCAGUGUCAGUGGCUAUGAUGACACCUCAAGUGAUAACUCCACAGCAAAUGCAGCAGAUUCUUCAGCAGCAAGUCCUGAGCCCUCAGCAGCUCCAGGUCCUCCUCCAGCAGCAGCAGGCCCUCAUGCUGCAGCAGCAGCAACUUCAAGAGUUUUACAAAAAGCAGCAGGAACAGCUCCACCUCCAGCUCCUCCAGCAGCAGCAACAUGCAGGCAGCAAGCAGAGCAAAGAGCAGCAGGUGUCACCGCAGCAGUUGGCCUUCCAGCAGCAGCUCCUGCAGGUCCAACAGGUCCAGCAGCAACACCUGCUCAACCUUCAGAGACAAGGGCUGCUCUCCAUCCAGCCAGGACAGACCAGCCUACCGCUGCACUCGCUCACUCAGGGCAUGAUUCCAGCAGAGCUCCAGCAACUGUGGAAAGAGGUGACGAAUGCCCAUGUAAAGGAGGAGCACAACAACGGCAGCAGCAACAACGGCCACCGGGGCCUCGACCUGUCUUCCUCGGCGCCACCAAAGAACCCGGUCCUCAACCAGCAUGCUGCCACAAAUGGCCAGUACAUGAGUCACAAAAGAGAUGGGUGAGUUUCGUUUGAGACUACAAUGUUAGGUGGUGGAGUUCCUUAAUACUAAAACAUAUUCUUUUAUUUAUUCUCUCUAAGGAUGCAUUCACACGCACCCUUUUUAGUCUGCUUUAAUUGAACUCUAGUUUGUUUGCCUAGAAAGUCCGGUUUGUUUGGGAACAUGUGAAUAAGCAUUCAAACACCAAUUCGGACCAAAAAAGUGAACUGUGGUCUCCCUAAAAACCUGGGUUUCUGUUCAUUUUGAAGUGAACUCUGGUGCGGUUCGACUGCAUAUCUGAACUCCAAGCAGACCAGAGUCUGCCCCAAAAUCAGGAAGUGGCAUAGCGCAGGGCAUUCUGGAUAAGAACAACCAAAUACA